AUGAAAGCAAGGUUUUCAGUGCACAAGGUUUCGAUGGAAUUUUCGAAGAUAGCCAUAUUAUCGGGGCUCUGGAUGGUGGCUUUGACAUUCACUUGGGCGAUGUAUAACAGCAACUCCAUGUUUACCUUUAGCAGUGUUCACAAACUUCAGAGAGCGGAAGAUCCAUGCUCCGGUGACAUCAUCGAAAAAAUCCAAAACGCUGACUACGAAGUGGCACCUUUCAAUGAGAGUAAGGUAGCACCAAAAUAUCGACUGGCGGUAUGUCAAAUAGAAAAAGUGAUGACUACAGUUAUGGACGCUAUAUUCUGCUACCUAACGAAUACCACGGAAUUUAUGUUGAAUAAUCGCACCAUCAGCACUGAAACAUUUGCGGAGAGGAUCGGGUAG